CUCCUCCCCAAUAUCUUUCGUGUGCUACAUGUUAUCUGGGAUGCAAGUAAAUUUUAUUUCUGUUUCCGUUUUGAGUUAUUCCGUCGCUCCCUACAUGGUUUUGAUUGUAAUAUAUUGUCGAGUUUAUUACAUAUGGUACUCUCCCAUCUCAUAAUUGUGAUAAAUUGUUAUUGGUUCUCUUGACACACCCCCCAUUUCUCCCUUAUUUUUUAUAAGUUCUAUGUUUUUUUACUAUUUUGUUAUUUAUUUCUGCUAUUUCAUUUAUUUAGACAUUGAUAAGAGCUGGAUUACAAAGCCACGAGGGAAUGUAGAAUAUAGGAAUGGUCUAAAUAGAUUCCUUGACUUUGCAUUUGCCAAUGCAUCAUCCGAUGGGAUGAUACAUUGUCCAUGCCCUUUGUGUGGGUUUCGGUGUUACCAAACUAGAGAAGACGCCUACGAUCAUCUUUUGAUGAAACCCUUUCCCCCUAACUAUACCUUUUGGUUACAUCACGGUGAGAGGAUCGUAGAUGAGAGAUCCAACGGUAGGGAAGAACUAGAACCCAUUGUAAAUUCAGGAGAUCAAAUGCGUGACAUGGUCCACGACGCAUUCAACUUGCCAGGACUGCAAAAUGAGGAUGAAGACUCGAUGAAUGGGCAUGUCGGAGACGUUGCGGAGGGGUUGCCGUACCUAUCUGACGAACCUAGCCGCGAGGCUCGUGCCUUUCACGACUUGCUGGAGGAUGGCGAGCAGGAGUUGUACCCGGGAUGCUCAAAAUUCUCGAAACUGUCUUUCUUGGUGAGGCUGUACCAUAUCAAGUGCAUGUGCGGAGUGAGCGACAAGGCUUUCGGUUUGAUUCUAGAGCUACUGGGGGAUGCCUUUGAGCAUGCAGGGAUUCCGAAGACGUUGCACGAUGCCAAGAGGAUCAUAAGGAAGCUCGGUAUUGAGUAUAAGAAGAUAGAUGCAUGUCCAAAUGACUGCAUGCUGUAUCAGGGCUCCGAUCAAGACCUGUCUAAAUGCAAACGGUGUGGAGCAUCCAGGUGGAAGCAAAAGACCCGGAAGAAUUCCUUAUUAAGGAUCAACGCCGUUGUCAAGAAGAAUGGGAAACCUCUGCCGGCGAAGAUUCUCCGUUACUUUCCUCUGAUUCCACGGUUACAGCGAUUAUUCAUGUCCAGCAAGACAUCCGUGGACAUGUUGUGGCACAAGAGAGGAACCAAUACUGACGGUUCCUUGAGGCAUCCCAGGGACGGCGAGGGUUGGAAAGCAUUUGACAGGAGAUAUACUGAAUUUUCUCGCGAUCCGCGCAAUGUUCGCUUAGCCCUGGCCAGUGAUGGCUUCAAUCCUUAUGGAAACCUCAGUUCAAAGUACUCAAUAUGGCCAGUGAUUCUUAUUCCGUACAACCUACCCCCAUGGAUUUGCAUGAAACAAACCAACUUCAUUCUCUCUAUGAUUAUUUCUGGUCCUAAAAUGCCUGGUAAUGACAUAGAUGUCUACCUACAGCCCCUGAUCGAUGAGCUGAAGCAGUUGUGGGCCGGUGUUGAUACGUACGACGCGAGUGAGAGGAAAACAUUCAAGAUGCGAGCUGCACUGAUGUGGACUAUCAGUGAUUUUCCUGGCUUGGGCAAUUUAUCUGGCUGGAAUACUUACGGCGGGAGAGCUUGCCCCACGUGCAAUUUGGAUGCCGAGACUAUGCGACUCACCUUCAGUCAAAAAUGGUGUUAUAUGGGUCAUCGUCGCUUCUUGAAUCGCGAUCACAGAUACAGACAGGAUCGGAGUAGAUUCGAUGGCAAGGUAGAGGAUAGAUCCCCACCUACCAAAUUGACUGGUAGGGAUGUCCUGAGACAAUUGGAGGGUGUUCCCGUCUCACAAGGCAAGGUGCAAGCGGUGGGUGGUAAAAGAAGGCGCGGACAGCAGACCGUGGUGCAAGACGAGUCUCCCUGGAAAAAGAGGAGUGUAUUUUUUGACCUGCCGUACUGGGAGAACAACGAAUUACGUCACAACCUUGACGUGAUGCACAUAGAGAAGAAUGUAUGCGACAACAUUGUUUUCACCAUGUUGAACGAGAGCGGUAAGUCCAAAGACCACCUAAAAGCUCGAAAAGAUCUCCAGUUGAUGGGCAUCCGGCAGGAUAUGUGGCCACUUGAAGGUGGAAAGUAUCCCGCUGCAGUAUUUACCAUGCGGAAUCCAGAGAAGGAUGUCUUUCUUAGGACAAUCAAGAAUGUGGUCUUUCCAGACGGAUACUCUAGUAACAUCUCUCGCUGUGUUGAUUUAAAACAGCGCAAGUUAUUCGGCUUGAAGAGUCAUGACUGCCAUAUUCUAAUGGAACAUUUACUGCCAAUUGCGUCAAAACACGUGUUGCCCACCCCAGUGUCCGCCGUCUUGGCUGAGUUAUCAGCCUUUUUCCGACUAAUAUGUAGUAAAUCCAUAGAUCCUCAACAACUUCCUCUCCUUCAGGAUCGUGUGGUCCAUACUUUGUGCCACAUGGAGAUGAUAUUUCCACCUUCCUUCUUUACAGUUAUGGUUCAUCUAACUGUGCACUUGGUCGAGGAGGUACGUCUCGGUGGCCCAGUGCAUUAUCGGUGGAUGUACCCAAUUGAGAGGUACCUAUGUCGUCUCAAGCAGUACGUGCGUAACAGGGCACAACCGGAAGGAUCGAUUGCAGAGGGCUACUUAUCCGAGGAGAUUCUCACAUUCUGUUCGAGAUACCUAGAUAACGUCGAGACUAGGAUCAACCGACCGACGCGCGUUGAUGACCGGCCGACCGAUGCUCCGCCGUGCGAGAUUGCCAAUAUGUUCCCAGAGGUUGGAAAGGCGGUCGGGGCAGCUUCAUUUUUUACUCUAACAGCAACCGAAAAGCAUCAAGCACAUCGUCAUGUACUGGUCAAUUGCAUUGCUGUAGAGAAAUUCUUGGAUGAGUACAGAGCCAUGACAAAGAGAAAACUGUGAAGUAAAACACGGUCCCAGUCUCAGGUAGAUAGUGCUGUGCACAGAGGAUUUUCCAACUGGUUUAGACAUCAGGUAAUCUUUAAUAUCUCAGGAUCCUACUACCAUUCGAUGCCAUCUUGCCUCUAAUUGUUCAAUGCCAGGUCCCAUUUGGAAGCACCAAUCAUUCGAAUGAGUUGCAGUGGCUCGCCUGCGGUCCCCUUGCUCAGGCCAAACGCUAUCAGGCUUACAACGUCAAUGGAUUUAAAUUUAGAACCAUGUCGAGGGAGGAAGGGAUGAAAACACAGAAUAGCGGGGUUUAUGUCACUUCAGAUACUAGAAGUUAUGCAAGUAAACGGGAUGCCAAUGUUGCUGUUGGCGGGGUCUCGUAUUACGGCAAAUUAGUAGACAUCAUCGAAAUAAAUUACAGUGGUCAAUUCACUGUAGUCUUGUUCAAGUGUCUUUGGGCAGACACCACGUCAGGCAGAGGCAUCCGGCAAGACGUUUUGGGCCACACCUGUGUCAAUUUUGCCACUCCGAUUCACACCGGUGAUCGAGAAGACGAUGAGCCGUAUAUAUUGGCAUCUGAGGCGCGUCUUGUGUUCUACGUGGAGGAUAUGGUGGAGAAUGGAUGGAGUGUAGUAGUCCAUGUGAAGCCAAGAGAUUUGUUUGACAUGGGCGAAGAAUAUGAAUAUUGUGAGGUAGACCUUAAUCCACAGUCCUGUAUGACUAGCUUGCCUGAAUUUGAUGUCGAAGGCCUGCGGUUGACAAGAGACGGUGAUUUAGAGGAGUCCACUAGUGAAAGGGUUGAAGAUUGUGAUGAGGCCGCCGAUUCCUAAAACAUUGUUCUCCAUCAUGCAUGUAUCUCAUAUUCAUUGGAGUUCUGGAUAUAUACUACUAUCAUGAUUCACCUACGAUAGAUAUUGGAUUGUAUUUUAGUCAUAUCAAUAGACAAUAGGUUGAUUUUAUAGAGUUAUUUGAGAUUUUUUAAAACUUAUCCUCUCAUAUAAAGCUCUUUUAUUUAACUAGGUCUUCACAAUGCUGUUCUCUCUCCUUCAAGACUUCUUAUAAUCACAUUUUUAUAUUGUUCUUGUACAUUCUUUCUAUUUUUGGUGGACUAUCAG